GGGCGGCCGGGCGGGAUGAACGGCUCUGCGGGCGGCGGGACGGCGGCGGCGGGGCUGGUAGCGGGCGCCGGGAGCGCGGCGCUGGAGCUGGAGCGGGCGCUGCGCUGCUGUACGGCCGCCUCCGCGGUGACCGACGGCGGCGGCGGAGGAGCGGCGGCGGCGGACGAACGGAGCCUGUACAUCAUACGCGUGGUGCAGAUCGCCGUCCUCUGCGUCCUGGCUCUCACCGUCGUUUUCGGCAUCUUCUUUUUGGGCUGCAAUUUGCUCAUCAAGUCGGAGAGCAUGAUUAACUUUUUGGUGAAGGACCGGCGGCCGUCCAAGGAGGUGGAGGCGGUGGUGGUGGGACCGUACUGAGCUCCGCUCCCCGCGCCCCGACGACGCGGCCCCGCACGGAGCGCUCCGCCGUAGCGCUGCCCGCUCCCGUCCGCUCCCCGCUCCGAGCGGCACCGCGGCCCCGAGGUGCGGGGAGAGCCGCGGCGCCGAAGUAAAACGCGCUCUGAUGGCAACA